AUGGGCCACUGCUUUAGCAAAGAGAAGGAGCCAGGACGCAGAGGAGGAGCCAAUGGUUACAGCUCCCACCAGCAGGAGUCCAAGGCCAGCCAAACCUCUUCUUCCUAUCAUGGCUACAACCAGCCUCGGCCGCCGCCGCCGCCGCCGCCGCCUGCAGAGGUCCGCCAGGCACCUCCAAAGCCCUCUGUUCCGGCUCCCGCUCCCGCCCCCGCCUCCGCAUCGGCCAUCGCCGCGGCGCGAGCCGCCGACACCGUCCUCGGCAAGUCAUUCGAGGACGUCCGGUCGCUCUACACCCUCGGCAAGGAGCUCGGGCGCGGGCAAUUCGGGGUGACGUACCUCUGCACGGAGAUCGCCACCGGGAAUCGGUACGCGUGCAAGUCGAUCUCGAAGCGCAAGCUGUCGAGCAAGAACGACCGGGAGGAUAUCCGGCGGGAGGUGCAGAUCAUGCAGCACCUGACGGGGCAGGCAAAUAUAGUGGAAUUCAAGGGGGCGUACGAGGACCGGCACUCGGUGAAUCUGGUGAUGGAGCUGUGCGAGGGAGGGGAGCUCUUUGACCGGAUCAUUGCCAAGGGUCACUACUCUGAGCGUGCCGCCGCCGCCAUCUGCCGGGCCAUCGUCAACGUCGUGCACAUCUGCCACUUCAUGGGCGUGAUGCACCGCGACCUCAAGCCCGAGAAUUUCUUACUUGCCACCAAGGAUGAGGGGGCCAUGCUCAAGGCCACCGAUUUCGGGCUCUCGGUGUUCAUUGAGGAUGGAAAAGUGUACAGAGAUAUAGUUGGAAGUGCUUACUAUGUUGCUCCAGAAGUUUUACGGCGGAAUUAUGGGAAAGAAAUAGAUGUAUGGAGUGCAGGUGUUAUUUUAUAUAUUCUUCUCAGUGGUGUUCCCCCUUUCUGGGCUGAAACGGAGAAAGGGAUAUUUGAUGCUAUCUUGCAAGGGCACAUUGACUUUGAAAGUGAUCCAUGGCCGUCUAUAUCAAAUAGUGCCAAAGACCUGGUCAAGAAAAUGUUGACACAGGAUCCGAAGAGAAGAAUUACUUCAGCACAAGUUCUUGAGCAUCCAUGGAUCAAAGGUGGAGAGGCAUCUGAUAAACCUAUAGACAAUGCUGUUCUUUCUAGGAUGAAACAGUUCAGAGCAAUGAACAAGCUCAAGAAGAUGGCACUAAAGGUUAUUGCUGAAAAUCUUUCCAAAGAUGAAAUUAAAGGGCUGAAACAGAUGUUCAUCAAUAUGGACACUGACAAGAGUGGUACCAUCACUUAUGAAGAACUGAAGGCAGGAUUGGCCCGACUUGGGUCAAAGCUCUCAGAAGCUGAAGUGAAGCAGCUCAUGGAUGCUGCUGAUGUGGAUGGAAAUGGGACCAUUGACUACAUUGAGUUCAUCACUGCGACGAUGCAUUGGCACAGACUUGAACGAGAUGAACAUCUAUACAGAGCUUUUCAGUAUUUUGAUAAAGAUAAUAGUGGGUUUAUUACAAGAGAUGAAUUGGAAUCAGCGAUGAAGGAGCAUGGGAUCGGUGAUGCAUCUACUAUCAAGGAAAUAAUAUCAGAAAUUGACACAGACAAUGAUGGAAGGAUUAACUAUGAGGAAUUUUGUGCAAUGAUGAAGGGUGGAAUGCAGCAGCCAGUUGAGCUUAUGUGACUUCUUAUAGCACGUCAUGUCACACUGCUCAGUUGAAGCAAGAUCUUAUUGGUUUUAAUCUAGACAUGAUGAACCAUGAGCCAGGUUAAGAAAGUCAAAUAUCAAAUGCCAUUGAGAUCACAAAGUCACUGAGAAGAUGGUACACAUUCCACCUUGUAUCUUCUAUGUCUUAGAUAGUGGAUGCUAUGUGUAUACCUAGCUUUGUUUUUGUAUCAUGCGAUUAGGAACGGGCUUGUGAGUUCGCUUGCAAAAAAAUCUCAGGUUUUGGUAGAGGUAGACUUUGCAUGGUUCUGCGUUGUAACGUUUGGAACUAUUUUUCUGUCUUGAAGGGUUUUACUUUCAUUUUCCUGAGAGGUAGGGGGAAUAAUAAAGUACUCUGAAUUCUUGAUGAGGCAAUGAAGUUGCCUUUGUUCAAUAUGAAGAUAUUCAAUUUGUGUUAUAACUUGUUGUAAAAA